AGGAAAAGAUGGCAGCUCACAGGUGCAGCUAUUCCGCAGUGCUGUUUAUUCUUUGUUGUUUGUCGGUGUUUAUCGUCACGGAGAGUCAUGAAACGACAGUAACGGGUGAGCACCGUGCCGCUGCGGUGGAUAAUCCACAAAACGACACCGAAACAGCGCAACAAGCGGCCGAGCAGCCCGCGGUGGAGGAGAGGCGGUGGGAAGCCACCGAGGUUGAAGAGGCGACUCCGAAUGAAGCUGCAGGCGACAAACAGGACACUUCUGCCCCUGACACCGUGGCCCCCUCAUCUGUGCCUCGGCCAAAAGAUGAUUUCCAGGAGGAGCUGGUCAUCAGACCUCUGCACUCAGGAGAUAUUUAUGCCAGCUUCCAGUUCCGCACCCUGUGGGAAACUGACUUCAUGAGAGGAAACAAAGUCUCCCACUACCGGCUGUUCCCCAAGUCUUUGGGCCAAGUCAUCUCCAAAUUCUCAGUACGAGAGCUGCACAUCUCCUUCACGCAGGGCUACUGGAGGACCAUGCAGUGGGGCCAGCCCUUUCUGCCAUCCCCUCCUGGGGCUGAACUCUGGGUAUGGUUCCAGGACUCUGUGACAGAUGUGGAUGGGACAUGGAAGGAACUGACGAAUGUUUUGUCGGGGAUUUUCUGCGCUUCGCUUAACUUCAUUGACUCCACCAACACUGUUCAGCCCAGUGCCUCCUUCAAACCGCUGGGCAUAGGCAAUGUGACAGACCACCGCUUCCUUCGCUAUGCCACCCUCCCAAGAGAGAUAGUUUGCACAGAGAAUCUGACACCGUGGAAGAAACUCUUGCCGUGUGGAUCCAAGGCUGGUCUCGCUGUGCUGUUGAAGUCAGAGAAACUCUUCCACAGCAGUUUUCAUUCCCAGGCAGUGCACAUCAGACCCGUGUGUGAGGACUGGCAGUGCAAAACCACAUCCUGGGAGCUGCGACAGACGCUGAAUGUGGUCUUUGACCUGCACACCUCUGGACAGGGCAAACGAGAGUGGUCUCUGUUCAGGAUGUUCUCCCGGACCCUGACCGAAGCUUGUCCACUGGCCUCAUCCAGUAAAAUCUACAUCGACAUCACAGACAACACUCAGGGGGAGCAGUUCGAGCUGAGCCCGGCCACUCCUCUGCUGACCCAGGCAGUGGUGCUGGGGGACAGACGGACCUACUCCGUCUACGACCUGACCCAACAAAUCACCUUUGGCACCGUGCGCUCCCUCAACCUGCUGAUCCGCUGGAAAUCCAGUGAAGGUGACAUGCUGCGGCCCCUGCUCCACGCUGAGCGCUACGUGGCAGGUUAUGGGCUGCAGACGGGAGAGAUUCACACACUGAUGUACAACAACCACCCGUACAGGUCUUUCCCUGUGCUGCUUCUGGAUUCAGUGCCCUGGUAUCUUCGGCUCUACAUCCACACCCUCACAGUUACCAGCAAGGGAAAGGACAACAAGCCCAGCUACAUCCACUACCAGCCGUCUAAGGACCGUGUGAGGCCCCACUUGCUGGAGAUGCUGGUCCAGCUUCCUCCCAACUCCUUCACCGAGGUCACCGUGCAGUUUGAGAGGGCUCUGCUCAAAUGGACUGAAUACACCCCUGAUCCCAACCAUGGCUUCUACGUCGGGUCUUCAGUAAUCAGCUCACUUGUGCCAAGUAUCGUCGCCAUGGAUACAAACAGUACCCGGGAACGCCCGCUUUUCAGCAGCUUUUUUCCCUGUAAAGAGGAGUCGAGCUACUUUGUGCGCGUCUACACAGAACCUCUGCUGGUCAACCUGCCAACUCCAGACUUCAGCAUGCCUUAUAAUGUCAUCUGCCUGACCUGCACUGUGGUGGCUGUGGGCUAUGGCUCCCUCUACAACCUACUGACCCGGAGCUUCCAGAUAGAGGAACCCAGCCCAGGACUGGCCAAGCGUAUAGCCAACAUCAUCCGCAAGAUGAGGGGCGUGCCGCCGCUUUGAGGCUGGACGCCUUUGCCAACUGGAUCUGGCUUUUAGAGAGGAAGUGAUAUUCAAGGAAGAACUGAGUCCAGCAUUGGUAUGAAUGUUGACUGUAUUCACAGUCAGGUUGAAGGUUUUGUUUUCAAAUGGAAGGGGAUGAAUAACUUUUUUGAACAAUAACAUAUUCAGGAUCAUUUCCUGUUGGUUAAGGACAAAAACAAUUGUGGGCAUUUGUCUACUUGAAGGUUUGUUAUUGUUUGACAGGUAGAAGGAGCCAAAGCUGUGGAGUAUGCAGCAGUGGUAACUAAAUUAUUGUUUUGUGUUUGAUUAUUUUUGUUUUGCGGGUGUUUGAAACCAUAACUCCACUCCAUCAUAAUAUGGCCACACUCUCAGCGAGGCAUUUUACCACUGUGAGGAAAGCGAGGGAAAGUUAUGUUUCUACAAAUGCACUAUGUCUGAGGUCUGUAAGUCUGAGUCCAGACAGAAAAAGGACGGUCACGUUUGGUCUCAUGUUACGUUCCUGACCUGUUCAUUCCCAUAACCCUGCAAGGAAAGAUAAAAUAAAGUGACCCAGAAUGUCACAUUUUAUCUAAUCUCAGGUGUGUCAUACAGGCAUCUGGGUUUCCUAGAACCAGAUUUACACUACACAGCAUUAAGGUGGAACAAUGGAACAAUGGAACAUACAGAGGUAUUUCCUCCUCAUUUAAAGUUCCUGGUGUGUUUGUAUUAUCUCACACGAGUUCUGAAGGGAUUUCAUUGAGAAAAGAACACAUGCCCACAAAAAUACCAAAAAGUGACCGAAACCAACAUUUUUUUUUCUAAGUUGAACUUGUCCCUGAGAAACCACCCCACAUGUCUGGAACUACUUGUUCUAUAAAAAAAAAAAAAGGAACAGCCCUCUUACCAAAUGUUUAUUUUGCACUCAUUAUUGAAUGCAUGCUUGAAUGUUAAAUGCUGUUG